AUGCCACAUCCCUCUCUAAAAGACAACAGGGCAUUGCCCCUCCUCGACGCAGCCGUGGCAGGCAAAUAUGCUGUGCCCGGAAUGUGCUGUUAUAAUCUCGAAGGCGUGCUAGCAACCAUUCGCGCUGCUGAGGCCAAAAGAUCCCCGGCCAUGGUCCUUCUCUUUCCCUGGGCUAUCGAAUACGCCGACGGGCUGCUCGUCCAGGCCGCCGCGACUGCAUGCCGCAACGCCUCUGUGCCCGUGACACUACACAUGGACCACGCCCAGAGCCCUGAAAUCAUCAAACGGGCCGCCGACAUGUCUCCUACCUUUGACAGCAUCAUGGUAGACAUGUCCCAUUAUGAAAAAGCAGAAAACCUAGCUCUGACGCGCGAAUUGGUGGAAUACUGCAAUGCUAGAGGCAUCGCCACGGAGGCAGAGCCAGGCCGUAUUGAAGGCGGAGAGGAUGGGGUUGCUGACACGGCUGAUCUAGAGGGACUACUGACUACGCCGGAGGAGAGCCAGGAAUUCGUCGAUACGGGAAUCGACUGGUUAGCUCCUGCGUUUGGAAAUGUGCAUGGGGAGUAUGGCCCCAGAGGCAUACAGUUGGAAUACGACCGACUACAGAGCAUCAACGAGGCAGUAGGGAAGAAGACGAAGUUGGUCCUUCACGGUGCUGAUCCGAUGACGAAGGAGAUUUUCGAUAAGUGCAUUGAGUGCGGUGUGUCGAAGGUGAAUAUCAACAAGGUCAUGAACAACGAGUAUAUGAAGGUGCAGAAGGAGUUCGCUGGUCGUGUUCCCAUCACUAAGUUGCAUGAAUUGGUGACUGAUGCCAUGCAGCGGGCUGUUGAGAGGUGCAUGGAUCUCUUAGGUUCAACAGGGAAGGCUGUUUGA